ACUUUUCCUUCCUCCAGCAGCCCAUUGAGGUAGAAGUCAGCCAGGACGGCUUGAAAGUGAACGAGCGACUGCAGCAGGACUCCGAGCAUGGAGCCUAUCACGUCGUGGAGCGAGGAGAGAGUCAGCGAGUGGCUCCAAGGUCUGGAUGCCCCUCUCCAUCAGUACCCAGUGUCAGAGUGGCAUUUGUCGGGUCUGGACCUCCUCCAGCUGACCUGUCAAGACCUGGAAAAGCUGGGAGUACAUAAGAUCGGACACCAGGAGCUGAUACUGGAGGCUGUGGAGAAGCUCUGCUCUCUGACGUACGGUAUGGGUGGUGAGAACCUACGCGGUCUGACAGAGAAACUGCGUGCAGUUGCUCACACCCUCCAGAUGGGCAUUCAGGGCCGCUGGCGCCUUAACAGCUACGACGGACGCAGCGCCAUCAAGCUGCCUCCUGGCGUUCUGCAGGUUGUUGUGGAGCUCAUCACCUCCGCCAAAGGACUCUUCUCUCUGCUCAACAGGUAUCAGUUUUCCCAGCUCAGUGGAUACACCAGCAGCAAGGAUAUAUUCAGCUACUGCAGAGAGCUGGGAGACAUUGUCCACAAGAAAAACACCGUCUAUGAAAAGGAGAAGGACAUCAUAUCUGUGUGCCGUCAGUUGGUGUCAGUGUGCGAUGAGAUCCUGAAUUGCAGCCCCGAGAAGCUUCUUACCCACACUGCUCAGCUUGAGAGCAUCGACCUAGUGCCUGUGGCACCUGGUGAUCAGCUGGGGAUCGAGAUAACCUCCACCGGCUCCAUUAACCACUACGUGACCGGAACUGUCGCUGAGCCUUCAACUGAUGCCUAUCUGAAGAUUUUGGCUGGUGAUGAAGUGAUUCAAGUGAACGACCAGAUAGUGGUGGGCUGGAGCAGAGCUAACCUUGUGAAGAAGCUGAAGGAGAAUCCCAAUGGAGUGACUCUGGUCCUGAAGAAGAUUCCGGGGUCGUUGCGACGCAGAAACCCAUACGAGCUCUCCUCCACACAGAGGGAGGAAGAGGAGAAGGAAGAGAGUUCAGAGGAGGACGAGGACAAUCCGAGGCACUCCAUAUUUGAGAGGGUAGCAGCUUCUGUCAGAUCCCUGUCUUUUAGGAAAGCUGUUCACGGGCCAGAGGUACAGCAGCAGCCUAUGGGACAGGAGGAGUCAGAGUUGGCCUCUGACAGGGAGCGGGAGGGGAGUCUGACUCUCACUUCAUAUCAAAGCCAACAGGGGGGGCUGUCACGGCUGUCAGUCUCAGGGGAGUUUGAGAGUUUGGACCCUUCAAGACUGUCCCCACGGCUAAGAAAAGACCGGUCUCCCUCACCCAGAAGUCCGUCUCCAUCCCUGGGAUUUGGGACUUUCAGAAGUCCCUCACCUCAGGGGAUUGACCAGCAAAGAGCCAGCGUCAGCUCCUGCCCUGAGAUGGUGGGACACACGAGCAAUAAGGACACAAAGAAAACCUCUACAAAAGGAUCAACGACGGCUAUGAGUCGGCGCCGUGUGUCCUGUCGCGAGCUGGGUCGACCUGACUGUGACGGCUGGCUGUGGAAGAAGAGAAAGGACAGCAGCGUCUUCCUCACCCAGAAGUGGCAGCGCUUCUGGUUUAUCCUCAAGGGGCCUUCCCUAUACUGGUACACAAGCCAACAGGAUGAGAAGGCAGAAGGUUUUGUCAAUAUAUCCAGCUACAACAUCGAGAGUGCCGGAGAGCACAAGAGAAAAUACGUGUUUAAAAUGUGCCACCAGCGAUUUCAGAACCUGUUCUUCGCUGCCGACAAUGUCAGUGACAUGGGCAAGUGGAUUAACAGUCUGAUUACAGCCAUACAGAAGCACAAGAAGUUCAGCACAGAUUUAGACAGUGAAGAAGAGUGUUAUAGUGAGACUGAAUCAGAGAGCGAGGGAUCACCUUCGCCCCGCAGGAGAAACAAGAAAGUGCAGUCCCACACUCUGCCUCGCCCCAAGGCAAAGACGAAGGUGCCAUUAUCGAGUCCUGCGACAGGGGGCAGCAAAGGAACAGGAGGACAAGUGGAUGAGAUGGGCAUGAUGUUAAACAACAUAAAGGAAGGAGGGGUUUCUCUGAUGGGCCAGGAGCAGCCGUUUACACACGACCACUUCAGGAAAUCGUUUAUUCGACGCAACAAGAACCCAGUCAUUAAUGAGAAAGCGCACACGCUGCGGGCGCUGCAGAGCACUCUCAAGGCCAAAGAGGUGGAGCUGCUGCAGAUCAACAAGAUCUUAGAGGACUCUGAUCUCACAGCUUCAAAGUACCGUCAGUGGAAGGAGCAAAACGAGGAACUAGUUCAAGAAAUCGAGAGACUGGCCACACUCAAGGCUUCCAAAGCAGCGGACGACGCAGCAGUCCAGGACACUCCCACUGAGGCGGUUGCCUUGGAAACAGUCGCUACGGAAACAGCCACCUCAGAGACGGAAGGCGCACACAGACUGAGCCUGAGCGACGGGGAGCAGCUAGUGGACGCGGAGCCAUCUGAUGUUCUCCUGGAGAUCUCGCAGGGCUCCCUGAGCACCAGCCCAGUGUUAGAACUCUCCCUGGGGUCGCUGCAGGAUUCGAUAAACGAGCAGCUGAGCGAAAUGGUGGAGAGCGGAGAGGCUGCGGAGAACUACUUCUACAUUUGAGACGCAGUCACGUCACUGCAAAGUUGCCCUGUUUACUAGAAUCAGGCAAAUGUGACACAUUUGCCAUGUGAGAGCGGUGCAUUUCCUCUGCUGACAUUAGGGUUAGUCAAAAUUGCCAUUGAAUCAGCACUUUAAUCAAGUAUGUCGGUGAAAUGCGGCAGUGCAGAUUUAGACCUAGAUUUGCUCACACACACACAAAUAUGACAAGUUUACAAAAGAGACAAGAACAAUUUGCCAAGUGUCAGUGAGUUCACUUUGUAUUUAUGGGAUUCUAAGGCUAAUGAUAGAAACCUUUCUUAGAAUUCAAUGAGGAUUUGUAAUAUAAAUAAUGCCUGUUUUAAUGUGAUAUGUAAAUACAGUUUUACUAUAAAUACUGUAUGUAUUUGUUCAUGGACAUUACCUUAAUAAAAAGGUAUACAGUGGAAA